AUGGUGAUCUGGACCGAAGGUCUGUACGAUCUCAGCGAGGCCGGGCAAAGACUUUUCGAGUUUGACUGGCUGGAGUUCUUCGCUGGCCAUGCCAAUGGCGCCCGAGCUGUGGUCACUCUGCUGUGCUACCUCAUCACCGCCUGCGGUGGCUGCUGGAUUCUGGAACAGCCAAGUGGAUCCUUGAUGGAGUACUACCCCACUUGGCGGCAUCUGUUGGUUGCUUUGUUCCAGGUUGAUGGAAUGGGAGCCGUAGGUUCCCCAGUCAGGCAUACAUUUGGUGCAGAUCGAUUGCUUUGUGUGUUCCCGCAUGCGUCACAUUCAGGCAAGCCAGCGAUUUGUCAUGAAAUAAAUUAA